GUUUUUGUUUAAUUGGGAUGCAAAAUUUGAACCAAUUAACUUGUUCCGUGUCUGGACACUCGGCAACGUAGAUUCGCAAUCUGCUUGUUUUUUUUAUUGGGAAGGGUGGUGAACUGCGGAAUUAAACGGCAGAGCCAGCUCGCAGUAAUUUAAUAAGUUAAUAUGUGCCUGUGAGAUUCCUCCGGCAGUUUCUGGACAGCAGCCCCGAUGGAGCAGCACGGAGCAGGCACCGGUUCCUCGGGAACUAUGGACUUGAAAGAGGAUCAGAUUCAACUGCUGGAGGAGACCUUCACCCGAAUGAGGCAACCAGACUCCUCGACCGUGAUGCUGGUUUCGGCGGAGAUUGGCCUAUCGGAGAAGGAGACAGCGCAAUGGUUUAAGGAGCGCUAUGCAAAGUGGAGACAGGCAGAAGGAUUACCUCCAGAGUGUGGAUCUGUCAAAGACUAAAGACUGGUAAACACUGCCAUCACCAUGGAGUCAAUUCCACUACGCUGCAGGCUACUUUCAUUUCACUGGUUAUAUCCAGCAGAAAUGCCUCCUUGGUUAGGUUCUGAGCUUAAUACCUCCUGUCAGUGACUUUGGUUUACUUUUGUGAAUUCAAAGUCUGUUUGAUUUAAUUUUUGCAUAGUUUGAGUCUCAUUAUUGUGGGUGUACUCACUUACAUUAUAUGCUAAUUUCAAUUUAUUAAUGUGAUUAUUAGAGAAGUAAAUUUGUUUAUUGGGUUUAAGUGCAAUUACUAAAUCAUUUAUCUGUGAGACAUUAAAUAAUAUAUAAAUUGAA